UCAGCCCCUAAACCGGACAAGGUAUUCGGGCUGGCAUUACAUACGGCGCUAAUUGACUCUUUACCGGAUGACGAGUGAAGAACAGAUCAGGCCAGUUUUACGCCGAGUGUGAUACAAGAAACGUCAUUGCUUCAACCGUCGAGGUUUGAAGCAAGAACGAGCUCUUGAAAUAAGAUCCUAUUGCGGCAUUGAGGCCCAAUUUCAAUUUUGCAGCAAUGGCGGCUACAUGCCGUCGACAUUUCUUCUCCUUGCAAGGGGAAGGUCAGGGACGAGGCAAUGCGGGUGUAGUGCGAGCCCAGCUCCUGUGGGCCGUUUCCAUGUGCUGCGCGCUUCUCUGCAUCCAGUAUCUCCCCCACAGCAUCAGUGCAGAACCAAUUUUAGCAUCGAGUCUGGGAUUUUGUAAAACCGUCCCAGUGCUGCGUGGAGCUCCGCUGCAUUGCUGCCUCCCGGCACCAACAAGGAAACCCAUCAGGUUCAAGUUCCCCACUUGCGCAGACGGAGGUCCUCCGUUGUGCGCGAGAGGAAGCCGGUCCAUGUAGUCCAGAACGAUCCGGAGUACGUGAGAAAGUACAAUCUAGCUUACGCCAGAAUGAAAGCACUGCCAGACAGCGAUCCCAGAAGUUUUCUGAACCAGUGGAGAGUCCACUGCUCCUUCUGCAACGAAGCUUUCAAGCAGCGGGAACUACCAGGCCCUCUGGGCAAAGCGACCGGCGUUCUGCAACCAGGUGGUGACCAAAAUCAGCGCCCGCAGCUUUUUGGGCGGCCCCUACGUCGUGGGGACCAACAACACGGCUGCCACCGUGAAUGUCGCCGCCGGUGAGACUCCUGGCGAGUCCGGCGGAAUGGAGAUCGUCCACAACGUUGCGCACGAGUGGACCGGACUCAUCAACAAUCCGGCCCAUCCCGACAACGAGGACAUGGGCAAUUUCAUCUACGCUGCUCGGGACCCCAUCUUCUACACUCAUCACUCCAACGUCGACCGCCUCUGGGACGUGUGGAAAACCAUCCCCGACAAGGUCACCAUUGCAGGAAACCGCCAGAGAGUCGACUACACUUCCAGCGACUUCCUCGACUCGGAGUUCACCUUCUUCGACGAGAACCAGGAUAUGGUCAUCGUCACGAUCCGAGACAGCCUUGACAGUUCAAAGCUCGGGUACAAGUACGCAGACGUCAGCGAGUCCGACAAUCUGUGGAUCAACUACGAGCCCCUGCCUCCGCACAAACCAUCGGAGCCCUGGAAUCCCAGCCACUGGCCUGCAGUGGUUCCCUCCGGCAACAACACCAUCGGUAAGGUUCCCUCAAGCUUUAAGCUGGAGCGCCGUGCUCCUACAAAGAAGGACCUGAAAGGAAAGGGCUUGAAGCAUCUGAACCAGUUGCAGGAAGAAAUCGUGUUGGAGAAGGUGAGGAUACCACACUCGGCCUACGCCAGAUUUGAUGUCUUCAUCAACUUCCCAGAAGCCAAAAGGGAGACUCACCUGUACAUGUCAGAGUACGUCGGUACCUUCACUCAUCUUCCCAGCGGUAUGGUGGACAUGAGCGCCUCAGUCUCGCAGUCUUUCGUGACAGAAUCUGAUGGCCAGUUCCGAUUAUUCAACAUCCGUUACAGCGUCGGUCAGGCCCUUAGAAGGCUGGGUAUUGCAGACUGGAACACCGACGUCGUCGUCACCAUCGUCUCCAAGGGACUUCGAAGAACCAACCCAACAAUCGACUUCUAUUUCUCAGACAUCAAGCAAGAUUUCCAGUGAUGGAUCUCUGAUGAGAUCCGCCAUCCAACUUUCUGGCUCUCAUGCACGGUCGUACUUUUUCUCAGCUCAACUGAGAUCGACGAAGCCGCAAGCAUUUGUUUUUAAGGGUAAAUAUGAACAAGCAGUUUCAGAAUUAACAGAAUUAACAGACAUCAGAUUAGCUGUAUUCUUUGGCCCUCAUGAAGGGUCCAGCUUUUGCAUUGUCACUCACGCAUUCUUUUGCAAUAAACA